CCUCCGCAGGACUCGCUCUGGGGCUGGGUGGAGGGGAGUUAAGGGUGCGCACGUGCGCAAAGGCUCCCGCAGUUUCCCACCACCUUCGCUCCUUAGGAAAAGAACGCGCGUGGGAAGCGAGGUGGGGAGGGCGGCAGAGACCCCGGUUCAUGCCUCGUAACUGGAGCCGCCUGGUGGUCCGGGAAGGAUCUGGGCUGUGACCAUUGAAGGACAUAACUUUAGUAUUCAAUUCUGAGCAUGGAGUCUCAGAGAGAGGACCCGGACCAGCUGGGGUCUCUGCACCCUAGAGUGGACUUGGGAUAAUGGGAGGAGGAGGCUAACAUGAAAAGAACUUGGGGAGGAGUGAGAGAGAAGGAGGGGCCAGUCUAAUCUGCCUCGCGCCCGCCCCACCCCCCCCCCCACCCCCCCCCCCCCCCCCCCCCCGCUCUGAACCUGUGCAGAGUGGUUUCUGUCCUCCCUCCCUCCCUGCACUGGUGGCUGGGGGGACAGGCUUUGCAAGCCUCAAGUGAAGAAGGCAGAGGACCCAUAGUAAACGGUGCAGUGAUGUCAGUCUAGUGGUGAGGGUAUAUGUUGUUCACUGGGGUACACAGGAGAAGGACGCAGUCUGCCUUUGGGACACUCACGCAUUGGGGUGGAUGAGGGGACAUUUGAGUCUUAGAGGGUGGAUCCACAGCAUGGAGGGGGGUGGUGGAGGGAAGUGGGGGAAAGCCUGGCUGUCCAGGGGGUGGGAGGUGGACAGAUAGUCUGGAUUCUCUCUGAUGGGCCAUGGGGGCGGGGGGCCCAGGUAGUUUUGGCUGACAUUCUGUUUGGCAGGAGAUCUUGUUGUAGUUCAGGCUGGAGCAAGUCAGAUUCCAGUUCUGCAUGUGGUCUCUGUGAGCCUGUCUCUCAUCUGUAAAAUGGGGACAAAAGUCCUACCCCAGAGAGCUGUCAAAGUCACUCUGUGGAGGUGAUGGGAUAGGAGUGAGAGGUACUCAGAGAGACAGUUAUCGGAAAUGAGGUGACCAUGGAGGGGUUGAGGGAGAUGCUGAUACUCACUGAGAAGUGGGGGAGCAGCAUUUGUCACCGAUGGGACAUGAAGGAGGGGAGGGGAAGGGUAGUCCUGGUUCUGCUUGUGUCCUGGGGGAAGGGCUGACACUUCCAUAUGGCUAGGAGGUGUGAAAUGACCAGGGAGGCAGAGCAUGACCCCAGGUAGCGAGAGAGAUCUGGAAGCAGGAUGGGGGCUAGGACCAAAUCCUCUCUCCCAGACCUAGAGCCAGGUAAGGAGGUAGAGGAAAGGGAGGACGAGACCCAGGAGGGUGCUUUGUGGACAAGGCUAAGGCCAGGGGAAAUAGGCUGAGAGAGGGAGUGGUCAAGGGCCUGACCUAACUGCGUCCUUAAUGCCAAGGGCCUUGCUGCCUGGGUCAGGCCACCCAAGAGGAGAUGGGCCAUUGUCCGUGGUUGUCAAUAAAUGAACAAAGCAGAUUCAUUUCUGCCUAACACCUGCUGCUUGGGAGAGACAGCCUCUCAAAAUGGGAGGAUCCAUGGAGGAAAACAGUGAAAGUUCAACACUUGCUGGUAGCUUUUAUGAGUUGGGCCCUGGGUACUUCAAGAUGACGGCUGUAAAUCAUUCCCAGGGCAGCAGGGAGACAGCUUGGUCUCAGGUGAUGUUAGGAGAUCUUGGUCAGAGCUAAGACUCAAGAGAAUUCAGGUAUCUAUGCUCAGGUAUUAGAAAAUCAGGAGAAACCAUGAGACCAUGUUGGGGUUACAACAUGGUGGUGGCAUUGGUGAGGGGGUGCAGGGGCAGGGCCUGUCCUGGAAGGAUGGACCUCAGAGUUGGGGUAAAGGGUCUCGCCCAGCGGGUGAGAGGAGCAGGGGAGGCUCUCAGCACUUUGGGAUCUUGGAGGGAGGAUUCGGGGUUUUGCAGGGUCUAGGCUGGAAGUGAAAGGCUUGACUAAGUUAGUGGGGAGGUUGACAAAAAUAUUCGGCAGAUAGACUGGAAAGGACUUGACUGCAAGCUGGGUGUGGGGGUAUCAAGAUCAGUUGUAGGUCUUUCUGCCUGUGAAGUUGGGGAAGCAGGUUGGGAAAGAGAAGUUAGUUUGGAGAAACUGGGUCUGAAUCGACCGCGGGAUCUGCAGGUGGCAGGGGCUCAGGAGAAAGGACCUGCUUGGGGAGAGCGGUCAGAGUAGAUAAGGGUCCUGGGAUAGCGCUGAGGAGAGGAGAGCUGCAAGUUAACAUUUAGGGACCAAAGGAGAAGCCUGAGGAGACGGGACAGAAGAGGCCAGAGAGGCAGGAGGACAGGUCCUGUGCUGCGCUACGGAGCUGGCCGGCCGCUGACUGUCGAGAUCGAGGUGAACUUAUUAGACCCCAUCGACGGGUGUUCACUGGGGCCCUGGGAGAGAGGUCAAGGGCAGGGGAGCUCUGGCCCCCACUACCUCUCUCCCGCCACCUCCCAUGUAGCCCGCAGCAUGGGCAACACGCAGGAGAGGCCAUCAGAGACGAUCGACCGCGAGCGGAAACGCCUGGUAGAGACGCUGCAGGCUGACUCGGGGCUGCUGCUGGAUGCGCUGCUGGCACGGGGCGUGCUUACCGGGCCCGAGUACGAGGCGUUGGACGCGCUGCCAGACGCCGAGCGCAGAGUGCGCCGCCUGCUGCUGCUGGUGCAAAGCAAGGGCGAGGCCGCCUGCCAGGAGCUGCUGAGCUGCGCCCAGCGAACCGUGCGCGUGCCCGACCCCGCCUGGGACUGGCAGCACGUGGGCACUGGCUACCGGGAACGAAGCUACGACCCUCCAUGCCCAGGCCACUGGACUCCUGAGGCAGCUGGCUCAGGGACCGCAUGCCCCUGGCUGCCCAGAGUUUCAGACUGCGACGAGGCCCGGGGUCCUGAGGACUCCGAGGCAGCACAAUCUGGAACCCUCGAGGAAACGGAGCCAGAGCUGGAAGCUGAGACCUCUGAAGGGGCUGAGCCGGAGAUGGAACCCCAAAUGGAUCCGGAACCAGAGCCAGAGCCAGAACCAGAGCCAGAGCCGGAACUGGAGCCGGAGCCUGACCUCGAGGCUGGGGAUGAAGCUGAAGAUUCUUGAAAGCCAUAGCGCUGACAAGCCGCUCCAGGCCCCAGCAGGAUGGGAUCUGGAAUCCUGCCCUGGUGGGGUCAGAUGCCAACAAGGCUCCAUCUGGCCCAGUACCACUGAAAGUGAAUAAACUCUGGAGGGUCA